UGCCAUCCCGUUGCACACUGGUACAAAGUUCCGGACACAAGGGUACAAAGCAACAAAACAUUGUCCCACAGCAUGACUACCAGUAGGCACCAUGUAUGAACAUCGGUUUGUCCCUACCUAAUCUAAAUUCCAUUCAAACAAUGUCGGGACCUUGCAGCUGUAUGCGGUGCUCCGUUGGGACAAAGUGGAUUGCUUGUAGCCUUAAGUGAGCAGAGCUCCUGGGAUGAUGGUCCUCUCGGAACUGAUUCGGAUUUCCUUUUGUUCUUGAGAUCAAACAAAUCCACCAAAUCUCAUCAUUGUUUGCAUGAUUCGCCCUCUGAUCGAGAUCAUUCAGCACCGAUAGUCACAAUCUAUACGAUGUUUCCCCACCACUCCCCCACGUUCACUUAUCUCCUCAUGCUCCUCCCAGCAAUCACCCUUCUCAUCUCAGCACAACAACCAACACCUUUCAUUCCAGCAACCCACCUUGGAUACGGCAUCUCAAUACCCACUUCAACCACCGCUUCCUCCCAAACCGCACAUUUCUUUCCUCCUCUGCCAUCCGCUUUCCACCUUUCAAGAACCGAAGAAGCAUACACUGCAUCAAUAUACUCAGCCCUAACAUCCGUACAAUCGACAUGGACUGCAGGAUCUGAGUAUCCGAGGAUCACAGCUGCUAUUAAUGCCGCCGCUCCCACAACCCUGCAUCCCUCGCUGCUAGCAUCAGGCUACAACUGGCUUGAAAUCGUCACCUCCCCCUGGUAUAGCAGUGUCGACGCUUCGAUCCGCGAAGAAAUAUCAGCACAGGAAUCAGCUUUACAAAGCGCAUUCGAUAGUAUGGUUCCUGCGGCAUCCGUGGACUCAAAUUCAGACAAGGAUGGGAAUGGAAAGGGUGGGAACAUUGGAAAUGGAGGCAGCGCAAAAAGUAAUGGCGGGUUAGGGAGGAGUGACAUGUUGAUUCUUGGAAGAGCGAGUAGCAGUGGAAGUAGCUGGGCGUUAGGGAUGGGUUUGGGUGCUGGCUUUGUGGUAGGGGUCUGGUUGGUUGGUGGGUUCUGA